AUGGCGACCACAGCGAUGUGGCUGCCUGCGCACUGGCGAUACUGGGAAGAGCGUACGGAUCCGCUCGACUGGAUGUCGGCCAAGAUCGCCCUCACUGUCACGGGAGUUACUGGUCAUUACGCUGACAUACUCCUUGGCCUGUCCAUCGUCCCGGUCUCGAGAAACAGUCUCCUCGGCCAUGCCUUUGGGGUUCAUCAGAGCACACUGCUAUAUGCGCACAAACUCGCCACGUACAUGUGCACCCUUGCAGUCCUUGCCCACGGUGUAUGCUACGGUAUCUUCGCCUUGGACCCUAGCAAAGACGAAGACGAAGCAAAGCUGCAGCUGUUCAGCAGCGGCAACCCGACAAUGACUGAGCUCGAGAGCCAGGAACGGAGCGCGUGGUACGGAACGGUGACAUACACGGGCGUGGGCACCUUCGUCUGCAUGCUCAUGAUCGUCGCCACCGCGCUGCCCAGGAUCCGGCGGCUGCACUACAACACCUUCUACAACGCCCACAUCGUCUGCAGCAUCGCCACGUUCGUCGGCGCCAGCAUCCACGCCAGCUCGGACUUUUACCUCCUGCUCCCGGGGCUCUCUCUCUGGGUGGCUGACUGGGUCUGGCGGCUCUUCCGCGGAGAGGGCGGCUCCUUGCGCAAGCAAGUUGCAGUCUUGGAGAACGCCGGCAGCGGGUGGUACCGCGUCUCGCUCGGGGCGAGGGCCAAGUUCGAGCUUGACUCGGCGUCGGAGGCGGAGAGUUCCGCGCCGGCGGCGGGGUGGCCACUGGCUCUGUACUAUCUCAGCAUACCGUCGGUCAGCAGGCUCCAGAGCCACGCGUUCACGGCCGCGGUGUCGAGUACAUCGCAGUCUGAGCCGGUGUUCCUGUUCCGACGGUCGCAGGGCAAGAAGUCGCAGAAGGCGUUGGAAAAGGAGUGGACCUGGGCGGUGGGCUCUCUGGUCGGCAGCGUCGGGCUCCAGCGACAGCUCGAUGUUCGGGUCGAGGGGCCUUAUCAGCCCACAGAUACGGGGUUCGAGUUAGCCUCGCAUGUCAUUUGCAUCGUCGGCGGAACGGGUAUCACUGGCGCGCAUAGUCUUGCCCUCUGGUGGCUGAAGGCGAGGAGCAUGGCGGGAGAUACCAAGUUCAAUCUCGUGUGGACCGUCCGCGAGCGUGAGUCGGUCAAUGUUCAAGAAUGGUUUGAUCUCGUGAAGGCGGCGGGGUCUCAGACGAACAUGACGGUCUCAGCGCACGUCAGCGCGGAGAUGGGACGGCUGGAUCCGCAAGCGUUUAUCCACCAGAGCCUUGGCCUGGGAAUGGCGACUGACGGACGUGAGAAGGGAGCAGUUUCUACUGGGACAGCUUGGGUGUACAGCUCUGGGCCUGGAGGCCUUCUCCAGGCUACUCAAAAAGCGUGCCAAGCUACAGACAAGGAUAUUCGUAGAUUGGUCAGAGAUCAGGCCCCUGUUUCUGUGAAGGACAUCAGUUGGUACAUUGCCAAGUGGGAGGUUUAG